GAACCCCAAAUUUGGCCGGACUCGUAGGACCUUCUGCGAGAGCGAACCUGGCUCAUCCUGCGAGAGAGAAUCGACGCCAUCGCUCCCUGCUUGCCCUGCUCCCUCAUCCUUGUCCUCCUCACCCUCAUCUCUGUGUCCUGCUUGCCCUCAGUUGCAUCCUGCUCGCCCCCAUCUGCUCCUCUUGCCCGGGUUUUGAUUAGGGUCAAAUUGCAGAUCCUGCUCGCCCUCAUCUGCUCCUCCACCUUCUUCUCAGGCGACCUCUCAGGAACCCUCCACCCAAACCGACCCUCCUCCUCCCCCAUUCGAUCACAGUCCAACUUUUGCUCUGAUAUCUUGAGCGAUUUAACACUCCCUUUGCAGCGCCGUUCCUUCGUCUUGAGCGAUUCAACACACCCUUUCCGACGCUGUUUUAUCGUCUUCUCCAAGCUCUUGCAGUCACUUCUGAAACUCCAACCUCCAGUUUAUUCAAUUGCAGUUACAGAUUCACAAAGCAGAACUUGGUUUGUGAAAAGAAGGUAUGGAUAACGACAAUAAUUUGAAUGUUGCUCAAGAGUCAAAAGGAAGGAGGCGUAAAUGGGAAGCAUUUGAGGAAGAAGCAUUACUAUCUGUUCUUGAGGAUUUUGUUGCUCGAAGGCAACGGUGUGACACAGGUGCUUUCAAACAAGGUACUUUGAUUGAAGUUGCAAAAGUUGUCAAUGUGUUAUGUCCCAAUUCAAAUAUAAAGGCAACUCCACAUAUUGAGUCAAAGUUGAAGAAAUGGAAAAAAACAUAUAGUUUGGUCCUUGACAUGAUAAACACGAGUGGAUUUGCAUGGAAUGAUGUCAAAAAGUGCAUUGAAGUUGACAGUCAUGACACAUGGCAAACUUAUGUGCAGAAAAAUAAAGAAGCUGAUGGAUGGAGAAGCAAACCUUUUCCAUUGUAUCAUAGAUUUGCAUAUAUAUUUGGAAAGGAUCGUGCUAAGGGUAAUGUAGCCGAAAUCUCUGCUAAAAUGAUGAAGGAACAAAGUCAUAAUCAGGUUGAUGCAAGUGAUCUUGGAGUUGAAAAUAAUGUUACUCCAGUGAACCAGCAAAGCCAACAGAGCAACCAAUCUACAAAUAGCCAAAGAAAGAGGAAAAAAGCUACGGGAAGUUCAAGUGAUGGAACCGAGGCAAUUAUCAAUGGAUUGAAAGAAUUUUAUGUUGAAAGUGGGAAAAUGAUGCAAAUGGUAAUUGAAGCUAUAAUUCGAGGUACCACAGAUUAUAGUGACAUAGCUAACGAACUUAAAGCAAUGGGUCUUUCUCCUAUGGAUCAAAUUGAUGGAUUGACUCUUAUUUUGGAAAAACCACAAAAUGUGGGAGUGUUCAGGUCAAUAGAUUCAGAACUCAAGAAAGUGUUCGUCCAAAGGCUUUUAAGAGACAAAGCAAGCGGAUGAUUAUAUUAUGUGGUGCCUUUUGAUAUGGAUGUAUUUUGUUAAUCGCACAAUCUUAAGGUUAUGGCUUCUAACUUAGUCUUGCACUGUGAAAUAUUUUGGCUAAUAUUAACUAGGAUUUUGUAAAUUAUGGGGAUCUACUUUGGAAUGCUAUGCUAUAGUUAACUAGCAUUUUGUAAAAUAUCAUGGAGGAAAGUUUAGUAAAUGAUGUUUUACAGAGUCAGUUAAUGGCAAAGAUUGACUUGUGCGAUGAACUGAAAUGAUGAAGUAAUUGCUCCUCUC